ACGGUCUAUUUUUCCUUAAAUACCCCUCGGCUCGUUUCCUCCCCGCACCCCCCUCCGCCCCGACGGGAACCGAAAUCACGAGAAGAUCUGCCUCGUCCUCCCCCAGCGCCGCCGCCGCUCCGGCACCGGAAUCCUUCUCGGACCCCCUUUGUCCGCUUCACCCGGAAGCGGCGAACCGGACGAGGCCCAGGUCCUUCCCGCCACCGCCAGAGGGCGUUUGAUCGUCACGAUCUCCUUUGAUUCCUUCUCUUCCUCGUCUAUUCGAUUGCUUUUCGUUUCUGUUGAUUGGAAGAUGACCGAAGACAGCAGUCAGAAGGCUUCUGAUGAAUCCAGUGCGGCCGCGACCGCCGCGCGGCAAAGGAAAAAACGAAAGUGGGACCAGCCUGCAGAGUCCUUGAUAUCUGCUGGAGUUGCUGUUCCAGGGGUCUCGUUGGGCAUGGGUGGUGUUGUUGGGAUUUCUCUCCCAGGAGUUGUUCCACUUUCUGGAGUUCCAGCAACUUUUGCUACUGUCUCUCAGUUGAUACAGUCAUCUUCACUCCCACAGAGUGCUGCUGCAAUAGUUCAGAAAUUAAAUCAGCCAAAAAUUCAAGAUGAAUUAAUAGCACGAGAAAUUGUUAUAAAUGAUGCAGAACCAGCCAUCCGAUAUAAGCUUACAAAACGUCAAACACAAGAAGAGAUUCAGAAAUGCACAGGUGCUGUCGUCAUAACCAGAGGCAAGUACCGCCCAAAUGGAUUGCCAGACAGUGAGAAGCCAUUAUAUCUCCAUAUUUCUGCUGGGUCUCAUUUGAAAGACACCGUUGAACGCAUUAAAGCAGUUGAUCGUGCAGCUUCCAUGGUUGAGGAAAUAUUGAAACAAGGACAGAAUUCCCAGCCAGCUUCUACCCCUUUCCUCUCAGCUCUGAGUAAUGGGGAGGUUGCUCAACCUCGGAGCACAUGUGUAUAUCUGGGCUUUGAUGCAGACCCAUCAUUAAAUAUUGCAGCUCGUAUCCGUGGACCAAAUGACCAGUAUAUAAAUCACAUUAUGAAUGAAACAGGAGCAACUGUUGUACUGAGAGGAUGGGGUUCUGGAAAUCUUGAUAGUUCUCAUGCUGAAGCAGGGCAGCUACCCUUGCACUUAUAUCUGUCAAGUACCAAUCCAAAGAGUCUUGAAGAUGCAAGGAUUCUAGCUGAAAACCUUCUGGACACAAUUUCUGCUGAAUGUGGUGCUUCUAGGAUUUCAUCAUGUAAGGUAUAUGGUGCAGUUCCUCCCCCACAGCAAUUGAUGGCUGGAGUUCAAAAUUCAAAGGUAUCAGAUGUAAACGGCAAUCUAGUUGCUGGAUUGCCGUGCACUGCUGCUGGCUCUGCAGCAGCAACAGAGUCUUUUCCACCUACUGGAGUUUCAGUUUCUACAGGCUCCAAUGUGUGUCCACCAGGGGCACUAUUAAAAUCUGGGGCCCUGCUUAGUUAUGGAAGCCCCCCAAGUAUGGUUAGCUAUACCCAACCCUCAGUGACCGGGGGAACAUGCUAUAGCGGAUAUGAAGGGAUAUAUCCACAAGCCACACCAUUGCAGCAAGUUGCUUUGGCACUCAGGCAGGCACCAGCUUCAACUGCUGUCAUUUCAUCCUCAGCUUCAUUGACAAGCACAGCCCUAAAGAUGAACUCAAGCUCAAAUGCUGAUGCAGACAAACGCCCUCCACAGAAACGGAAAUUUCAGGAGCUACCAGUCACUUCGAAGGAGCCAGCAGUUCUUCAUCAGAACUCACAACCGGGAUCAGAAUUUCUUAAGUCAGGUUCAGAGGAUUCAGGUUUAGGGAGUGGUGUGUCCAUGCCGCCGCCAAAGCUGGUUGAGCCUAGGUCAAAUGGGAUGCCACCACCUCCUUCACGGAAUAUGCCUUGCCCACCACCAAAGUUCUCGUUGCCACGAUCAGCUGCCAUCGAGAGUAGGGACUUUGAUUUGAAGAAAUCAAGUGCUCCACCACCUCCCCCAAGAAACAUGCCUCCCCCACCACCAAAGUUCUCAUCACAAUCACCUCCCAAAGUUGAGAGUAGGAACUCGGUGGCGAAGAAAUCAAGUUUGGAGCCUGUCUCUGAUAUACUGAUGAAGCUUGCAGAGUAUGGAGAUGAGGAUGACAAUGUUGAUGACACCAUUGAAUUGCCCAAGGACAAUCCAACUCGAACUUCAACCUCUAAACCAUUUUGGGCCGUGUGAUUUUUGAAGUGUUGCUGAGUGGUGUUUGAAAGAACCAGCCGACACUUUGGACAUUUUCUGCCUCUUCUUGCUGCAGCCAAUUUGCAUCUGCGAGAUGGGCACUGCUAGAGGAUGCUGCAUUGUCAUUAUUUUGAUGACCACAAGUUGGACAUUCAGCAUUUGUUGAAGUGCUGAUGUCCUAUAAUUUUUCAAUGCAUCGUCGAGAGCCUCGUGUUAAGAUGCAGACAGGGAGCUGUAAGUUUUGACAGAGCAGAUGGACAUGAAUAUAGAUAUAAUAGGUUAUUUAGUUUUGUUUCUCAACAGUGGGCUGAUGGUUACCAUGUUUUCCUUGGCCCCUGGAGGCCCAUUGGCAUUAAGCACCAGUGUGUCCUAAAUAUUUACCCAACCUGUGGAUUGCAGAUGUAGUCGAGGAUCAUGUGCCUAUGCUCAUUGAUGGUGUAUGCAACUUUUUUAUUAACAUCAAAGGUCUUCUUAUAUCAAUUUUUCCAUU